GAAUGGAAGUAUCUAGUUCAAAUGGAUUGACUAGUGACAUUGAAGAAAAGGCAUUGAAUAGUUUGCUUGAUGCAUUUGGUUCUAUGUUUACUCUACAAGAAAUAGCUUCAGCUUAUUGCAAUGCCGGAGGAAAUGUACACUUGGCUAGUGAGUUUCUUUUUGAACAGCCAGCAAGUGUCACAACCUCUACUGCCCAACUGUCUAGCGGUGAGGAAUGGAGUAAACAAUCUACAGAAUCAAUUAAUAGUGAUAUUUCUGAGUCUUCAUAUCAAGCAAAUGGGAAGUUCAAAUCUUCAAAGACAAAAGGGCGUACAGUUUCAGCAGGCACUAUUUCUAGCAUUAUUGGUAAAGAUUAUGUUAAAUCUGUUCAUCCAGCUAAUGGUUCUUGUAUAGCAACCAAACCAUCGAAGUGGGAUUUGAAGCAGUUGCCUAUGUCUGAAAUUUGGAGAGAAGAAGGUAAACCAAAUCCCCCCAAGAAUGACCUUCUACCAGAAGAUAUGGAAGAUUUUCUCAUCAAAUUGCUCGGAGAGGGCUUCCAGAUGGAAAGGGGUGUGGUUCGGGAAAUUCUUGAGAGUUGCAGAUAUGAUAUGCAAAAGAGCAUGUUGAAACUACUUGAUCGGUCAGACGAGACUUCUGACAGAUGGAUGGAAUCUCUUGAUAGAUCCUCUGAGAAGUUUACAGAGCAUCCAAAUUGCGAAGGAUCUGAUUAUCAACGAAAGUUGCAACAGCAGAAUUCUUCGGGAUGUGGUGGAAAUGAAGAUGCCAAUAAAAGUGAAACAAAACUGCCUGGACAAUUGAAAGAGAGAAAGGAACUCCAGAAGGAAGUUUUGUUUGCUUUGUUUUCUGCUCCCGAGAAAUCUGAGGAAUUGCCUGAAAGAACACAGAAGGCUGUGGCCGUCAGGAGGUCUAGGGCAUUCGGAACUGUGGUCAGUGAACCUCCUAGGGACUUUAUACCUGAGCCCAAGGUUAAUGUGUUUCCCUGGCAAGAAAACAGCACAAUUGAUGAAGAUGAGGAUGACGACUAUCAGGCUCUUCGUAAAGCUGUGAUGGAAUAUAGGAGCAUGAGGAAAGCAUAUUACGAAGCUGCUGUUGCUGCAGUCAGUAGUGGUGACCGUGCUCGAGCAGACCAACUUAUGGAAGAUGGACAUCGCUAUCAAGAAAAGGCACGCCAAGCAGAUGAAGAAUCUAAUCAGAAGAUUCUUGAAACUAGAAAUUCGGAGACAGACAUUUUACUUGACUUGCAUGACUUUGAAGCAAAGGAAGCUGUUCGCCUUUUGAAAUGUCAUCUUUUAAGAAUUUCAGGCAUUUCAUCAUUUAAGUACCUCAAGGUCAUUCUAGAGACAAAUGAUGUAGAUAACAAAAAGGAAGCUCGUCGACGCCUGGUUAUGAAGCUACUAAACAAAGAAUCAAUUGAGUGGAUUGAAGAAAAAGGAAAUCCUGGAACAAUUCUUAUUCGCAUAGAUAUGAUAGACCCAAACCGUUUGAGUUUUGCAAAAAAGUAGUGUCCAACAUUGGAGCAAGUCAGUUUCUCAGAAUCUAUAUAAAAUACAAGCAGGGAAAGGUGAAGGGCAUGUGAUACAUUCUGAAGUUUCAUGGAGCAGAUUGUUUGAUUCUGAAUCAUUUUUGUAAGAAGUUGUGAGUACUAUCAAAACUUGUGCAGAUUGAAUUGAACCUAAUGCAUGGGUGAAUUUUUGAAGUGGCCUUGUGUUCUUUAUGUCUUGAAACAUUGGUCACAGUUUUGGCCUAUCUUUUGAUGUUACAUUGCAUUUAGCUUGUGUAAUACUUUGGAAACUUUGUUUACCUACCUGUCAUCUACUUCGUCCA